AUAGAAAAGAUGGCUCCACCAUUCUAGUAAAGAAUAUAUCCUCCAUAGGCAAAUAACAAAACAGCGCCCUAGAACCGGAUAUAAAGAAGAUGACACACUCGAUAUAUUUGUUUUCACUACAACUAUAAACAUUAUAGUUGAGUGCGCUCAUGUGUGUCCUCGACUUUAUGUCCUGUUAUAGCGCAGCUUCCUUUCCUUUUUCUUUUUUUUUGAAUUGACCAAGUAUGCAACAACCAGCUCAAAUUAGUAUUCGCCUUAUGUAUAUCCUCCAUGAAAGUUCUUCCACAUUGAUGAAAGUGUGUUGUUCAACGCUAAGUGAAAUGUCUGCUUUUUUCACCAGUGUCUCGAAAUGCACAGCAUUCGACGCUCUCGAACGAGAAGAGUUGAGAUGACUGCUGUGGCUCCGCUCAGCGAUAAUGACGCAGACAUGUUGCCCAAAGAGGUGGUGCUUCCGGAGAAAAUGACGGAGCUUCGAACACUGGAACGGGAAGACACAAAACCACCGGCGCGGAGUCGAGUGCUGAGAAGGUUCCCUAUUCUGGCAUUGUAUGGCACCGCUUGCUUUUCACUCGCCUUUAUUUCUCCCUACAUACCGCAUCUGGCGGUGGAAAAACGAACAGAGCAUUGGCAGUUCAACAUCAUGUAUGCGAGCACUAGAGCGUCCAUGCUUCUUGGUAGCCUUCUUAAUACGGCACUGGUUCAGCGCCUCACACCUCAAGCCACUCUGAUUGUUGCAUUCAUUGGCAUGAUUGUAUGCGUAUCAUUUUACGGCUCUACGUAUUGGAUCGGCGAAGGCAGCUCAUUUGUGGGCGCUACUGUGACUAUCGGAACGGUGUUCGGUUUCUUCUAUGCAUUUUUUGUGGUGACACUUUAUGCAGCCGCCACCUUUAGGAGCCAGCGGAGCUGUGGUAUAAUAAUUUCUUCUAUGGAGUGUGUGUACGGAAUAUCUAACACAGUGGGCUUCCUUGUUGGAACUGCUCUCAUUGAGGUACGCACAGCUUCUGAUAUGUGCUCUUAUUUUAUUCUUCACCUCUACGACUUGACGAAAGCUGUCCCGUUUCAGUGGUGGCCAGAUGCUAUACCGUUCUUCAUUUCCGGUGGCCUUAUGUUUCUGGUUGCGCCGUUUAUACUGCUACGGUCUCCCGCCAAAUCAAUUAAAAUUCCGAGAGACCAACCAGACCAAAGUGCCAUCCGCCUCUUGUCCAACGCACCAAUGUUUAUCAGCGUUGCAAAUGUCGCAAUCGCCAUAUCGGCCCUCGGCUUCCACGACGGCACUUUGGAAUUCCAUCUCAAGGAAGGGGAGUUCCGGCUUCCCGACAUAGAAGUGGCUGCUGUGUUUUCUGCUCUCUACAUCUCUUAUUCACUCGGAGCUCUCUUCUGGGGAUACUUCUUCACAUACAAGCUGGAACAAGAGGAUAUUUCGGUGCUGCUCGGAUUUAUGAUAAUGGCCGGGGCGUUCCUAUUCGUGGGUCCCGCUCCGUUCCUGCCGAUUCCGCCAUAUCUGUGGAUCGUAUACCUCACCCAAGCCAUGAUAGGUUUUGGUGGUGCUGCUGUGGUCGUGGCCAGCUACAGCCUUGCACUCAAGAAAGCCAUUGAACGAGGGUUUCCAGACAGUAUGUGGACUUACGCCACUGUUUGUGGGUUCCUCUUCGGUGCGAUUACUCUUGGGUCAUCGGUGGCACCACUGCUGAGCAGAUAUGCCGCAGAGAACAUACGCUACGAGAAUGCAUCUCUGGUCAUGCUUGCUGCGUUGUCCAUCUGUGUUGUUGUGAAUUUCGGCUCGUGCAUCAGAAACUCGAAGCGGAGGCGGACUAUCCUUCGCGACACAACGGAGGACGAAGCGUACCACAGGAGUGAUGAUCCCUGACGAAACUGUCACCUGUCUUUUUAAUGAUCGUCUUCUCCCUCUGAUAUGCGACUACUACUUGCCUACAAAGCCCCUUGGUCUUUCUUCGACCUGUGCUACCACAAGUUCCUUGUGUCCGUCUUUGACGAAGAUAGGUCCUCUUAUCGAAACGUUGGCCAGCCUUUCUGAGGCACCUUAUCCCUGUUUACAAACUUUAUACCACAGUGUGCUAUUCCAUCUGUCAUCCCCUUUCUUGAUUUUGGACUUGUAUCUACAUAGACAUUUAAUUUUUUUUAUAUAGAAACCACAAAACAAGUUGAUCUCAUGGUUUCGGCAAACCCUCCUUAGUUUUCACAAGACACUCAGUUUUUGUCGUCUUUGGUAAAACAGAAGAAGAAAAAAAAAGCAAGCUUUGAUGUUUCCGCGGUAGCGACAGUUGAACCGACAGUUGAAUGUGCGGCUAGCGAAAGCCCAAGGUCAGCGGGAAAGUGAUAAAUACACAUUUUACACCUGUUCUGGAGUCACCGUAUUCCUGACAUGCUUCACCAAGAGCCUUCGACAUGCUUGUUGUAAGUAUUCUGGGACAAUCAUUCAUCCGUUUUAGUAGUGUGACCGGAUACUGAGAGCGGAUAACGUUUGCUCUAGUGUAAUAUGAAUGUUGGAGCAAACUCAUUCUGACGCCAUGUGUUUGGAUUGCCCUGGAAGUGAGCA